AAUAGGUGCAAUUGGAUUCUAUUUGGAAUCGGUCAUUAUACACAAGUAAACAUUUUAACAAUAUAGUCUGCAUUGACGUUUUUGCAUAGAUCAACAACAAUUUAUAUUUGUUAAAAUUGCGAACAUCGCAAUCUGAAACUGCAAUCAGCAAAGGCCAAAGGCGAGAGUACGUAAAAACAACGAGACCCGCACCAUCACUAUUGUAAUCAUCAACACAAGUCGUGAAUUAGCUCUAUCGGCUCAUUGGAACAUUCAGUCUUUGUGUGCCAACGAAAUGCUGCAGUUGAUGGUUUAGCUAGAAAUACACAUCGUUCUUGUUGUUAAGUGUUAAAGUGUUCCGUACGAAUAAUUUGCCAAAUACACUUUUGUGCCUUAAUAAUCAUAUAAAAUAAAAAAAAUGUCGUUGAAGGCAAAAAUUGUGCUGUCGAUUGCGUUUUUCGCUGUCAUCGUCGAAACCGUGUUGAGCAGCCCUUCCACUGCGGAUCUCGACAUAAGUCAAAUAAAUGUUAACGACCUACAACAAAAGCUACCACCAGAAUUUGCAAAUACUAAUCUGACACUGGACGAUGCUAAGACACUUUUACGGAACAAAUGUGUUGAAGUAGCUGGAAAAGAAAAGGGCGAAGAAGCAUUUGUACAAAUUGAAAAUGCUGUAGCAACACUUUCCGAUUGUGCUACGAACAUACUUAACUUUACUGCACUUCAAGCGGAGAUUGACGAAGCGAGUCCGAAAGGUGAACUUGAUGUUGUUUUCAACAAGUAUUGUAAUAAACAACCUGAAGCGCUUAACUGUAUCAGUGAGUUUAACAAUAAAAUAGCGGCAUGCUUAGAUAAGGAUGAGAAAGAAAAUCAAGCCGUGGCCAUGCGUAUCGUGAAGAGCCUUUUAAGUUUCAUUUGCUACAAAGGUGGUGACCAAAUCGCAUUAUUUAUAGCUGAGAAAGGACCAGAGUGUCUAGACUCCAAAAAGGAUGAUAUACAGAAUUGCGUAAAUAGUACAUUUUCAGGAUAUAUACCUAAAACCGGAAUUGAGGAUAUAAAAUCCUUGCCAAAAUUUGUGAUGGGUGUCAAGCAAUGUGGAGAAAUGGAGCAAUUGGAAAAAUGUAUUGUACAAAAAUUGGAAUCAUGUAGCGAAAUUACCCCUGCUAAUAUAGUAGAAUCAAUGUUCCGCUUCAUUAAAAACGAAACUAUCUGUCACAGCAUGCCAAGGGUAGCAAAACAAGUUGUGACAAGUGGCGGUGCAAUGACACAACAGAUUGGGGGUAUUAUAUCGUGGCUCAUAGCCGUCAAUGCUAUGCUGCUUAUCAUAAAACGUUUGCAGUCAUAAGCUAUCAGAUUCGCGGGUUUAGAUAAAUAAAAAAAGGGGUGUACACCCUACAUGCAACGUUACAUAUUCUCCCAUGGAACAUUUUUAUUUUUAUUUUUUGUACUCGUGUUCGUAAUACUCAUGUAAUGCGGAUGUAUUUAGCGCACUAGGCAACAAUUUAUAAACUGGGUAUUUAAAUAUUUUAAUAAUAAUAUUUUCAGAGCCCAAUAAUUAUAAAUAUAGCACUGAUAUUAAUUUAAAUCUCUCUUUGUACGAAUACCCGGCUUAUAUUUUACUUUACAUUUGCUUAGCCCUUUAAUUAUACUUAAGGAAUAAAAUUUCCAAUUAAUAAACUAAAAAGUUUCGCUAAAACGGAAUAAAAAUAUAAAUUUUUACAAUUAAAAUAAUAAAUAUUGGUAUAAGGUAUAGAAAUAAAAUAACGCUAAUGUUUGCGAAAUUAUUGUAUUUUACGUAUAACUAAACAGAAAAGUCGAACAAUCAAAAGUUUUUAUUUUUAACUGCGAUAACACUUUUUUAUCCGACCAAGGUCUGGAGCUGUCGCAAGAUUCCCCGAAACCCAAUUCGGGAAAUAUUUUGCGGUUACAACAACAAUAACUGAAAAAAGCACUUUAUAAAAUCGGAAUUCCAUACGAGAAAAAAUACAAAUGUUUUUGUAAAUUAUAUUGUACGCAUACAAACCUAUGUAUUGUGCGAAAAAUGUGAAGUGUGUAUUACAAUUAAGUAGAUGGUUUGUACUUUUGUUAGCAACUACGUACCUAUGUAAGUAUCAUGUGUAUCACUAAGUAGUAUUGUAACUACCUGUAAUUGAAAUUGAUUUAUUUCAAUAAAGCAAAAUACAACCACGUAA